AUGUCUUCCGGAGGAUCUGGCCACUCAAGACUAGAGUCUUUAAACAGAAAAAGCUCGGCAACUACAGGUAAGCCUAAAGCUGGUUUGAAAUUCAAACCUAAAGUUGUGGCAAGAAGAUCUGAAAAGGAUAGAGCUAGUGAUGCGCCAGUAAUCAAGGAUGAAUCAAAGUUCGAUAGUAAAGGGAAGAAUUUUAGAGGUGGAAGAGGUGGAAGAGGUGGUGCUCGUGGUAGAGGCGGUAGAGGCGGUAUGCGUGGUGGUAGAGGGAUGGUAAAGACAGAAAUGAUUUCAUCAGGUCCAUUGUCAUCAGCAACAUUUACAGACUCUGGGCUUGGAAGUACUAUGAUCCAUUCUUUGUCACCAACCCCUGAAUAUUUCCAAUCAAUUAGAAAAGAAGCUCGUUCUCGAAGUGCAACUGCAGGUGCAGAAAGCGAUGAUGAAGAUUCCUCAAAGAUUGAUAUGGAUACAGACUUGAAUGUAGGCGAAGAAGAUGCAUUCACUAGUUUAUUUCCUAUUAGACCACAACAAUUCAGUAAACUAAGUGAGGAUUACAGCGAUGAAGCUUCAAAUAUUAAUAAUCCUAUGGAGGUUCGUUCGGUGUCUCCUGAAUCCAACAGCGGAGAUGAAUCAGCCAAACAAACAGUAGAGGAUGUUGAUGAUCUAGAUGCUGAAGACUCUGAAUUACAACUCUUGGCAGAGAAUAUCCAGAUUAUGAAAUUAGUAGAGGCAUACUCCAAGACAGAUAAAUCAAAUGCAGGUAUUAAUGAAGAGAGUGAUGAUAGUGAAAAGAAAGAUAAAGAAAAGCUUGCUAGUAAGAGUUUGAAAAAGCCAAAUGAAGAAUUCAUGUUGCUUCAACUUCCUAAUUUCCUACCGGAAUUUAAAAGCUCCGAUGAUAUGGACAUUGAUGAGCAAACUUCAAAAGAAGAUCUUAUUAAAAAGGCAGCUACACAAAAGGGCAAGAUUGGAACCUUGAAGGUUCAUAAGUCAGGUAAAGUUAUCAUGCAAAUUGGUGAUAUUGCUUUAGACAUUGUUAAAAGUCCUACCAUCGGGUUCCUACAAGAUAUUGUGUUGUGUGAUCUUCCAAAACCAAAGCUGAAGGAAAGUAAGAGGGUCGAAGGAGAUAAUGAAGAAGAUCAAGAACCAAAAAAACAGGAAGCAAAUAUGUUUCAGCUUGGUCAAGUUGGCCAUAAGCUUGUGACUAUACCGCACAUUAUGGAAUAA